CUGUCGUACAUCCCUGGUUGUCCUUGUGAAGGCGCAGAUCCGACGCGCCGUUUCGAUAUCGAAUCUCUCUCGAGAGUAGCGUGCAUUCGCUUUUCGCACACGGCGGUAGUGCGGACGAGAAAAAAAUUCUUCGUUACUUGCGGGUGUGGUUCCUUCAGCUGUGGCUUUUGUCGAUAAUUCGCGUAUGGUGUUGUAUGGGCGCAUACGUUUGUGACGGUACUCUUGGGUACUCUGGACGAUUCUCUCGGCGUGACAACGUAUGUACAUAAUACAGAUCGUCCGUCGCGUCAUGAUUCAAUAAAAGCGGCCGAGUCGGCCGACAAGUCUCGUUAGGAUGGAAACUGGUUAAGAACGAGAGAGCUCGUACGCAUUUGUGCUGUGGACGUGAGACAGUCGUUUUUUUCGAAGCGGGUCAGUCUGUGAUCCAUACUGCUGCUUGUCUGUCCGCACGCGAUUCGCUUCACUAGAACAGCGAGAACGUGUGGAAGAUGUGAGGUCGGCACACGUCCGUUCUAAUGUCUCGCGAGUGUGUUUCGUUUCGUUUGAUUGUCUGGCCUCAGGCUCUCUACAGAGCUAAAGUCUCGUGAGUGCGUGUGAUUCGAUCGAGUUAACGUUUACGCCGUGGAGCUCUAUAGAAGAUGCUGGGAGACGAUCCACCGUCUUUAUCGGUGGGUACAGAAGUUAGUGCUAAGUAUAAGGGUGCCUUCUGUGAAGCAAAAAUUCGUAAGGUGGUGCGAUCAGUAAAAUGUCGUGUAACUUACAAACCACAAGGAUUGGGAACUGCCACAAUUGCCGACGAUCAAAUAAGAGGGACUUUAAGAGUAGGCGCGUCCGUUGAAGUUAAACAUGUGGAUCGGAAGGAGCUUGUGGAAGCUACAAUUACAAAAAUCCAAGAUUGUAGUCAGUAUACUGUGGUCUUUGACGAUGGAGAUAUUACAACGUUGAGAAGAACCGCACUCUGCCUGAAAAGUGGACGACACUUUGCGGAAAGUGAAACGUUGGAUCAACUUCCGUUGACCCAUCCAGAGCACUUUGGGAAUCCGGUAAUUGGAGGUAGAAGGGGUAGACGCUCAAGAGAUGAAAGCAGCGAAGAUGAAGACAGUCCGCCGCGAGGCACUCGUGAUUCGGCUUCCAGCGGAGGUACGAAGGAAGGAAUGGAAACUGAACCAGAGAUCGGGAGAGUGGUCUGUGUGGAACUCGGUGAUAAAAAGAAAAAGGACAAUUGGUUUCCAGGAUUGGUGGUUGCGCCUACUGCUCAAGAUACAGUAAGAAUACGAGUGAGAGACGAUUACUUGGUACGCUCAUUCAAAGAUGCAAGAUAUUAUACAGUACCCAAGAAGGAAGCCACAGAAUUCACGAAAGAAUUGGUUAAUAAAGUUGAAAACAGUACUCUAAAGGUUGCAGUGGAGAAGGCACUUCUAUUUUUAGAGAAAAAUGAAUUGCCACCUCACUGGGACAGGGAUUCUCUGUUUGGUCAUUCUGUUUCUAGUGGAAAUAGUGAUUAUGAUGGAGAACUUGAUUCAGAUAGUUCGGACGAUGAACCACGUGAGGAAAAAGAUCACUUUGUAGCGCAAUUAUAUAAAUUUAUGGAUGAUCGCGGGACACCUAUAAACGUUUGUCCGAUGAUUGGAAAUGAGGAUAUAGAUUUGUACCGGCUUUUCCGAGCAGUUUACAAAUUAGGUGGCUACAAUCGUGUUACGAAUCAGAAUCAAUGGAAAGCUGUUACACGACGACUUGGCUUUACAAUGCAGAAUUCACCACCUUUGUACAAUCUCGUGAAGCAGGCUUAUAAGAAGGUCUUACACUCCUUUGAAGAUUUUUAUAGAAAAUUAGGAUGCACUAUGGUAAAUCAUCCGCGAGGUAGCACGCGUAAACAACGUCCUGGGAGAAGUUUGAUUCGUGAUAAAGAUAGAAAUACUCCUGUACCACCUCCAGCACCAGUGCAAGUGAAGAGCGACAAGGAUGAAGACGAGAAGAAAGUUGUGGAAGAUGAAAAGAAAGAGAAGAAAGAAGUUAAGAAAGAACAAGUGAAAGAAGAAGAAAUAGUUAAAAUAAAAAAGAAAGAAGAAUCUGAGGGAACCGGUAGCGGUCAGGAGAGCGAUGUUAACGUGGAAGGAGAUCAUGAAUCAUCAUCCAAUAAUGAAAAGCCACAAAAACCGACCGCACAAAUUUCUACGUUAUCUCCCACUUCGUGUGGUACUGCAGCUGCAUCAUCUAGCCGGACUAAGUCAAAAAAUAAAGAAGACACUAAGAAGAAGGUAACCGAGAAGAAAAAAACAGAAACCAAAAAGCAAGAAAAGAAAGAUGAGAAGAUCAAGGAAGAAGAAGCCACAAAGACGAGAUCAAAGGCUAAAGAUGAUACUGUAAGAAAUAAAAAUACUUCUGAAGUAAGAGAGACUCGGACACCGUCGAGAGAAGCGGACAAGAAAACAGUGUCUAAGCAGCGACGUUUGACAGAUGAAGAAUUGAAAAAGCGUGGAAGGAAACGUAAAGAGUACGAAACGGAAAAGUCACGUACGGAUGAACAACUUACAGAGAUCGCGCCUAGCUACAAAGGUCCUGUAGAGUGUGGUGACAAAUUGAAGGUAUAUUAUGGUCCAACGCAUGAAUCCAAAGUUACCUACGAAGCGAAGGUCAUCGAAAUAGAGAAGGAAGGUCCGGAGCCGAUGUAUCUUGUACAUUACACGGGUUGGAACACCAGAUACGAUGAGUGGAUUAAAGCGUCUAGAAUUGCUCAAAAUAUCACGCAAGCUCAAGGUAGAGUGAAGCGUAUCAAAGCGACUCCCAGGCCUCAAACUCCAAGCACAAGUUCGUCCAAUAACAAAUUGAAAGGUACUUGCAAUUCGAGCGCUAACGCAUCACAAAGCCGUCGCCGAGCACAAAGUGUCGCUCCUACUUCUUCUAGCGCCGUUCAAUCGGUUUCAACGUCUUCAAAGGAAGCCAAGAAGGAGGAGAAGGAGAAAGAAAAAGAAACGACACAACCGACCAGAUCCACAACUCCAUUGUCUAUUGCCAGUUCUAGUUCUAGAACUAAAAGUCCUGCUACACCCGCCAAUAGGCCAACUAGAACAACUAGAAAUGCAGAGUUAUCCAACAUAGAACAUCGUAGGCGCACCAGAAGAACCUCAGGACACACGGACAUAUCUGUUGCGUCGGAAAGCGAGGAUAGUGAAGGUUAUGAGUCCGAUACCACUGAACCUGAGCAAACCAAAACUAGAUUGAGAGGUAUGGAAGAAAGGAAACGUAAAGAAGCACGAAGAGCAGAAGAGAGAAUUAGAGCGGAUGAUGUGACAGUCAGUGAUGGUGAGGACGAAAAAGACAUCUCAGAUGAACCACGUAAAGGUAGACGUUUAAGAAGAACGCCAGGCAAAUCUCAGGGUAUUAAAUCUGAACCUGACAGCGAUCAAGAAGAACAACCAAAAGGUCGAGAUUUUGAUCUCAAUCAAAUACGAUCUGAAUUGAAAGGUUUUGAUAAAGCUGUCAAGAUGGAGAUAGUCAGGAUGGAACCUGAGGAUGAAGUUAAGCUAGACGAUAAGGAGAACACGGCUGCGAUCACGACUUCGCCCAAGUUGGAGAAAACUAACGAGUCCCCAAAGGUAGAGGUUGUCGAAACAAAAGUAGAAAGUACGGAAGACAUAUAUGAAUUUAAAGAACCGGAACCGUUCGAGUUUGAGGUGAGAAAUAAGAGGGACACUAAUGGCGAUAAAGAUAAAUUGAAGAAGAGAAUGUUCGAAGAUGAGACGAAAAGUCCGAAAAAGAAGCAAAAAACACCGGCCGCGGGAUCGGUAGCGAAGGAAACAAAAUCGGAACUGCCGGAGACCGAUUCUCGGAAGAAGCCGAGGAAAUUGUUCGGAAAAAGAUCCGACGACGCACACGAAGCGGUAACAACUGCUGCCAGCAAGUCAUUACAGGCCGCAUCGUGCACAUCGUGCGAGGAUAUUUUCAACAAAUUGUGCGAAUCCUCCACGUCGUCAUUUAAUCAAUUGAAAUCAACUGUCACGGAAGACUCGAGUAACAAGGCGAGUGGUAUGAGUCUUUUGUUCAACGAUUUGCCGGCAGACGAUGAAGGUACGCGUGACGACUCCGAAGACCGUCUGAUAAUAUCGGAGACUGAAGUAUCGGAAACAGAACAGGAAAACGUAUUUGCUUAUCAACAAGAGAUUCAGUUCCAAAGCGGCAAAUCAUCGGACACGGCGGAAUCGAGCAAGAACGAGACAAGUGUUACAGUUGAAAUCGUGAAGGAAGAAACGCCUAUAAUCAGCACGAGCAGUAAUAAAGUCUCUAAUAUCUCCGAUCAGAAACAGAACCAAGUCAAGUCUCUGUCAAGUCAAGUCAUAGCUGGACAAUCGCAAUCAGAAUUGAAGAUGUUGGAUACCAAGUUGCUCGAUAUUGUCCCGGUUCCAUCACCAAUUGUGACACCGCCAGCUCCAAUAAGCGCACGACUACCGGCAACAUCCACGAUAGAAGAAAAGUUAUCGGCUGCAAUGGCGUUCCGGAGCAAAGCUAAAGAUACCAAGAAGACUGCGGACGAGGAGACACCUGAUUCGCGCAUAAUGAAAGUAAUGAAGGAAGGAUCUAAGAAAUUAGAUCCUACUUUCUUGCAAAGAGGCAAAGACGCGGAUUGUGUUAUUCCUGCGGUCGAGGUGGAUAAGAAACGCGAACAGGAAAAGAUUGCGAAUGAGGAGAAUAUACGUAGAGAGAUUAUGCGCGCAGUUAUGGUUAAGCGAAAGGAAGAAGAAUUAUCCAAAUCGAAGAAAGAAGCGGAACUGAAAAAGUUUUCAGACGUGAAAAUAGUAACUGAACACAAAACCAAAUUGCAAGAAGCUACGAGAGACGAAAGUUGGAGGAACUCCGGAUACGAGAUAUCUGACGAUAAAAAGUCCGAAGACGAAUAUAAAACGACUGAUCAGAAAGAGAAGGAUAGAAUUGAACAUCGUAAGAAGCAAAUCAACCAGGAUAUUAUAGAUUCUACAGACAGCAGCGACUCGGAACAAAGGCUCGUGAUAGAUAACGAGGAGCUGCAAGACGUCAAAGUACCGACCUCUACCUUUGACGUGAAGCUACAAGCGGAAUUAGAUCACAUAGAAAAUACGCAGGAGAGAUACGCGAGGUCGCAGGUAUUAAAAACUUCACAGAGUAUCCAUCAACAGCAGCAAGAACAAGAGUUCAAGGCCGACAUAACACCUGUUCUAAAGACAGACGAAGAAGGCGAAACGAUGAAUUCGUUGCUGUGCGAGGAAGAGAUACCCGGUUCGCCAGCCCCACUGUCCGAGAGCGUCGAGCAAGCUAACGUCGGUCCCUCGUGCAGUCCACCGAAGAAUGAAGCAACGGAAAAUAGCAUAGUGCUAAUGGAGAUGCCUUUUGCAAGUGCACCAACUUCAGGCCAGAGUACAACGAGCAGUAACACCGUCGCUACUCUCAGCAUGGCAUUGCCAAAAACUAUGGAAACAUCAAUGCCGGUUUCGCUAUCGACGCAACAGAAUGUGUCCUUAAUGCGGCAGCCACAACAGCAGCAGCAACACCAACAACAACAACAACAACAGCAGCAGCAGCAGCAGCAGCACCACCACCACCACCACCACCACGUGUUGGCUUUGAUUCCAGCGCAACGACGAGAAAGUAACGAAGCCGCGCCGGUAAUGGACAAUACUCCACCGACGACACCCGACUCGAGUAUCUCCAAUAUCUCGGGUUCACCUAGGGAAGAGAGAACCGGCGGCUCGUCACCGAUCUCUGAGGAUAAUAUCAAGCUUAAUCGUGACAACUCCGAGGCAGACAUUGACAGUGCCGGCAAAGGCCUGAGUUUCAGCGAGGACGAUAUCCUACCUAACUCUGAGAGCAAUUCCGCGGAUAGGAUUCUUAAGCCGCCCGCUAAACGUGUAAUCGAGGAUAUGCAGUCACCUAAGAAACGCAGAAGAAACAGAAAGCACUCGGAGUGCGGUAGCGUUGGCAGUGUCAGCGGCGUCAGCGUCGGUGUCAGCGCCGGCCUCAGCCUUAGUCUUGGUGUUGGCGUUGGCAUUGAUGUCGGUGUCGGUGUCGGUGUCGGUGUCGGUGUCGGUGUUGGCGUUGACGUUGACGUUGACGUUGACAUUGGUGUCGGCGUUGGUGUUGGCAAUGGUAGUGGCGUCAAUAGCAGCAAUAGCGGUGGUAGUAUUGGUGAUGGCAGCAGUGGUAGUGGCAAUGGUAAUGAUAGUGGUAAUGUCAGUGGUAGUGGCAGUGGCGUCAUUCCGAAAAAACCUGGCAGGCAAAACGGUAGACAUGGUAGAUACGGAGCUGGCAGCGACAGCGACGACACCAGUGAGGGAUCCAAUCUCUGCAGUGUUAAUAACACGCCAACGAGUCAUGCCAACGCCAUCACCAAUGUUCCCGAUCUCAGUACUUACUCAUCGAGAUCACCGAGGCCAACAAAGUACAAUUUCUACGUUGAAUUAGAUCCUGAAUUGGACGGUAGUCAAAGAAUAGCUGUGCUACAGCAGAAAUUAACUGAAUUACGGAAGACGUAUAACGCCGUAAAAGUUGAGCUCGCUGGUAUAGAAAGACGACGGAAGAAGCUGAGAAGGCGAGAACGAGAAGCUAUGAAAGCAGCUAAGGCAGAAAUGCAGCAGGCUUGUUCGUGAUAGACAGCAUUGAAAGAUUGUUAUUCUUUCUUGAAGUGUUAAGUGGGACUAUUGUAUAAGCAUUAUUGGUACGGGCAUCAUGCAAUCACGACAGGCACACACAUGACAAUUUUUAUCUGUAUAAUAUUCUUUAGGUAACAUUUGCCCUACUUUCUUUAUCUUCAUUUAUUUAAAUAAAUUGUAGAUAUAGUCGUAAGAUUUAGUGUAGCACAUGGGUUUUUUCAGCUGAAUUUCUUGCACAGUUAAACUUUCUUUUUUUCUCUCUAACAUAGAGAGAAAGAGAGCAAAUGUUAACAAUGCAAGAAAAUCAACAGACGAAAAGAACAGACAUAAAGAUGCGUUUGCCCCAAAACGAUAAAUUUAUUCAUAUAAUACAGUUUUAUUAUUGUAUAUUAUAUAUUUCGUUAAUAUCUCGUAGUCUGAAUGUCGAAAAUCUUUAUCCUCUUUUUGUCAUUUUACAUAUUCGAAUGUAAAGUACAAUUUAAAACUGAUAAUCUUGGUUUUGUUGUUUCUUUACAUUUUUUUUUUAUAAAGGCUGAGAAAGCGUUAUCGAUAUGUUACGGUAAAGACAUCUUGGGGAACAAGUAAUUAAUCUAAGCUAACUAUUACUAUGUCGGUUCUCGAGUAUAAUUAGGGUCACUGUACCAAUCGCUAAAUGAUCAGUAAAUGACUAAGAAAAAUAUUAUAAUAAGAAUAAAUUUACAAUAUAUAUUUAAAAUUGCAAAUUGAUAUUUUCUAGAAAUUAAUAAACUAAAUUGAUAUAAUUACAUUUUCAAGUAAAAAUUGAUAUUUUAAUUGGGUCUAAUUUUUAUAUCGUUUUGAUUAAAUAUUAAUUUUUCCUUGAAAAUGCAAUUAUAUCAAUUUGGUUUAUUUGUUCAUUAACUGGUUUAAUUUUUUAUUUGACUAUUGACUAGUACAGUGACUCUAUCUCAGUUACAGUUGAGUUGUUUUCACAUAAUGUUGAAGAAAGAAACAGAAAGCAUAAAAAGGAUUAUACAGUGAUUAUUAUACAGUUACGUCAAACGCUGCGUCUUUUGUAUUAUAGUAAAAGAGUGUAAAUACUAGAGACCAGCCAAAUUUGAUAAAUCAUAGUACAUUUAAUGUUUACGCCAAACUAUCGCCGAACACCGGAAAACUUGGAAUUUUCUAGGAAUUUAUGUUUUAUCCUUGAAAAUUAUGGAUUUUUAUGGAAUUUUAUUGAAAGGAAAUUUUUAAGAUUUUAUUAAAAAAUUUAAAUUCCAUUUCUUUUUCUGAAAAAUUUUUUUUAUCAGUUUUUUUUAAUGGUGUAAUUGUAUGUUGAUUAGCAAUAAAUGUGGCAUCUACGUACAUUCAUGUAUAUUCUCGUUUAAUUUGCGAGUUUUUAUAAAACAAAUUAAUAACAAAAAACAGUUUAUUCUAAAUUGGCGUUAUAUGUUUAAUCAUCUUGAGCAGAGAUUGUGUAUUGCAGACAGAUUAUAUACACCAUAUUUAGUUUAUAUCAUCUUUUUAAUACUUUCUCAAAUUUAAUAUUCAAAAUUCAUGGUUUUUAUUUAUAAUUUUACGAUUAAUAAGGAACACUAAAAGAUAUGAUUGAAUAUAUGAAUAUAAGAAUAAUAUAGGAACACUAGAAGAUAUAAUAAAAAUAAAUUUUAUUUCAAAACUGCAUUAAAAUAUUUUCUAAUCUUAUUUAGAAUUUUGAAUAAAAUUUCUGGAAAAUCCAAGAAUUCUCAGGGAAUUCUUUCACACAAUUUGAGUAAAUUCUUACAUUGUAUUGAAUGUGAGCAUAUUCAAAUACACAAAUACACAUUUGUACGAUGAAAUAUCAACGAGAAAACGUUUGUAUGUUAAUACACGUAUAAAAUAAAACGAUUACUAUUAGACUAAAAAUGAUUUAUCUCUAUUUUAAUUUGUAUAUAUAAUGUUGUAUAUACUUAUACAAAAAGACAUGAGUAUAAUGACGUAUAUAAUCAAUAUUGGUUGCAAUCCACUUAGCGCUGCAAACGCUCUGAAGCGUAGAUUUCUCUGUUCUGAUUAAUCGAUUGAACGUUUUAAAGCAUUAGUAACGCUAAGCAAAUUACAGCCGUUGAUACAUAUGAAUAUACAUAUACCAUUUCUGUUAAAUAUACAAGAAUGUAACAAUACAAGAAGUGUUUAAUUUUAAGAUAUUAAAAUGUUCUAUUUCUGUCUUCGUUUUUUUACCCAAAUAGCAAAAUGCAUCUUUCUCAGCACACACACUUUAUCAGCAAAUUCGAUCACGACUUAACAGCAGAUUUCAAGCUGCUGCUUCCUUAUUAAGCAUAAUUUUUAAUAGCACAGUUUGUUAACAUGGAACGAUGAUAAAAAGCCAGGGAAAAAAAUUUUAUAUAUAAUUACCCAGAUAGUCAAGCUUGCAGAAACAGAUUUUGCACAAAGCAUGUAACUUUUGAAGACAAUGGCAAUAAAUUAUAUACAGUGUUCAAAAUAAAACGAGCCUACUAUGUUAAAAGAUUGAUCGCAGAAAUCAAACAGAAUUUGCAGCUCGUAUUCAGUUUCUGUUGUUAGUUUGUCGACAGAUUGCCGACACGCGCAGAUCAGCGGAAAUCGUACUCGAUUUUUGCCGCUAAAUAAUAAUACAUAACAUGUCAGCAGGCUUUCUUGACAGAUCCUGAACUUAAUGCGGACACAGAUGGCUAUAUGAUCAAAUUUGCUGCCACUCUACGCGCAGUUUGCUAUCGGAGUAUAUAUUAAAUAUGUCCAUAUAUAUUAAAUUAUAUAAUUAUAAUUAUCACUUAAUUUUCAUAUAUAUAUUUAUGUAUAAUUAUAUAUAAAAUAUGUCCAUAUGUAUUAAAAUAUAUAUAAUUAUAUAUUAUAUAUGUAUUAAAAUGUACAUAAUUAUUAUUAUUUUUUAUUUGUACCUUCAGCUUUUGCUAAGAAGCGGGACUUGGUUUACAAUUGCAUUAACACCAUUCAUAUUUCUACAAUUUUCCUACUCUCCUCCUAUCCUACUUAGUCGUCCUCAUUCUCUAUUCUUCUCAUUCCUAAUAAUGCACUUUUUCAUACACACAUACCUAUACAUAUUUACGUAAUUAAACGCGUAAUUACCAGAAUACAAAAUCCAACAGUAUCAAGUAGUUGAACGCAAUCAAUACCAUAUUAUGUACAUAAGUAUCGCUAUUCUCCAGAUACAUAAAAUACUGCUACAUAUAUACGCCUCUACACUUACCAAUAUAUCUCUUUCUCCUUUUCCGCAUUCCUAUUCUUAUAUAUUUCUCUUCUCCCUCCAAAAUUUUACUAACACCUCCUCCUUCCUUUCAUCCAAGCUAUCAUUUUCUAUAACCUUAUUCUUUUCUCGACGCAAUCACCUAGCCUUCAAACCAUCCUUUUGUUAUUUCGCAAUUCCCUGUAAAAUGUAUCAAAUUAUCCUUUUCCGUCUCGCAGAAAAUACAUUUCCUUUCUUCCUCCUUUAACCAAUACUUAUUUUCCAGUUCCAUGUUCUCACACCUUAUUUUCAUCAAAGCUCUUAUUCCUUCCCUCUUUUUCUCUUUUCUUAAUUCACUCUCCUCUAAAUAGUUAGGUAUCCUACCCUUACCCAUGAACUCUCUAUAUCUCUUAUUAUAUACUUUGCUUCUCUAAUCCUACAGUCCUCUUGUCGUUAAACAUCUCUCUCUCUCUCCCCCCCUCCUCUUUAUUUCCUCAAUUAAAUCUCUUUCUAUUCUUGGCAUACCAUCUAUCACUAUUACCUCCCAUUCCUAUUAUAUUUUUCUCUUUUUCUUCUACAUAAAUUCUUCCAUCCUUUCCUUCUUUUUUCCAAUAUACUAAUUUAUUCAUUUUUCAUUGUUUCAAUCUUUUCUUUGUAUUUUCUUGUUCUGAUAUCUCAUCCUAUUCUUAACUUAUCCAUUGCCAAUUCCCUCGUUAUCAAGUAUCUUGGUGUACAAAAAUUCAGACUAAACAUCCAUCUUAUAUAAUCCAACAUUAUUUUCUCUAACUCUUUUCUUUCUCCCAACUCCGUAAUUCCACCCGGAAAAUAUUAUACUCUUUACUAAAUACUUAAAGCAUCCACCUCCUUAAAAAAAUCAUUCUUGCAAAUUCUUUCUUCUAACCAAUAUUUGCUACUAUCCUGCUUUUUAUCCUUAAUUCUUUUAUAUGAUACUCGAAAUAUAUAUAUAUAUAUAAUUAUAUAUAUUUUAUAUAAUUAUGUGUAAUUAUAUAUAAAAGUUGUUUUCUCUGGAAUACAGUGAUAAUCGAGCAUUAUUUGUUGCCACAUCACGACAGCAAGUACAUAGCAAAUAUCUCAAAACUUGCCAUAUUAAAAACUAGUAGAAAGACAGCAGAGAUAGAGCAUGAUCUGGUAUCACAUUGCGAUAGCAGAAACGUGUCAAAGAUGCAGCAUGAUGUCAUAUGACAUAAAUUUACAAUUCGUGCUCCCAUCAGUUUUGGCUAUUUGGAUAAAUUCUUAAACUUUCCACUAUACACGUUUUUCUCGGUAUUUUCUCAUUAGACAUGUGAGUCUGUCAUGUCAGCCGCUAUCUUUUCCAUUUUAAAGUAUUUAAAAAAAUCUAAAAAAAAUUAUGAAACGUCUGUCUACAUUGUAGCUGAAGAUUUUAUAGUUAUUUUGAUAAACUUUUUGUUUGUUGAAUAUUUUAUUUUUAAUACAUUUUGAAGCGAGUAAUGAACUUUUUUCGUUAUCUGGUAUUCCAUUUUUUUGCAAUAACUGGAUAGAGAAGCGAUGAUUUAUCAAAAUCUCUUUUAAGGAGAUGUUAUUACAACGUCUCUAAGGAUUACAAAUUUUUGUAAAUAAUUAGUAAAAUUGAUAUUUACAAAAAAAAAAAAAAAUCACAUGUGGAUCUGAUAGGUCCGUGUGAAAUUUUAUAUAUUCAACAAUAUAUGAUCUUUUAUAAUGGCUGUGGGACCUUCUAUUACCUUCUUUUUUUUAGAGACAGGAAUCGGAUUUGUUUGUUUUACGAGUAGUUGUUAUUUUGUUACGUAAAACAGAUCCAUGUGUAUGCAUGUGUAUCGGAGGAUUAAAUAUUUUAAUUUUCAACGAUAUUUCCAACACUAAAACAUUUAUAGCUGAAACAUCUUUAUUUGAUUUAAAUGGUUUAAUGUUUUAAAUCUAAAUACUGUUUAAAAACUAAAAUUUUGAAGUAUUUAAGUAUUUAAAAAACGGAGAUAAGAAGUAAAAUAUUUUAAUAUUUCAAAAUUAAAUAUCUUUUUGAUGAGUGAAGACACAUUAUCUUCUUAUUCUUCAUUCUCUUAUUCUUCACUGAUUGAUUGUGCAGUGAUUUAUCGUGAAUGCAGCUCAACGAUACUAGUUUAUAAUAUUAGUUUACUGAUUUCUACAUUAUAUUUAGCUACCAUUGUGCUUUAUCUUCAUUGUCUAGUUACAUACUCAUUAGUACCGUACAUGUAUUAGAAACUUGUCAGAGAUGCAUUUAUAUUUGUAUUUCAACAUACAUGUCAAAGAGCGCUUCAAGUAUGAAGAAAUUAGGCAAAUGCAAAAGAAUGAAACUUAAUUGUAAGUGACACAUUGGGAAAAUGUAAAUCAAAUGUUGCUAAUGAAGAUGAAUUUGUAAAAAGUUAUGAAACUAACUUAAAAAGAGUGGAGUUUUAUAGAAUAGAGAUACAUACAUACAUACACACACACAAACA